AGCGGCGGUGCCCGGCGGCAUGGCGCGGGCCGUGCUGGAGCUGGGCGACAGCCUGCAGGCCGAGGCCACCUGCCCCGUGUGCCUGGAGCUGUUCUCCGAGCCCGUCAUCACCGAGUGCGGACACAACUUCUGCGGGGGCUGCGCGGCGGCCGUGCUGGGUGCGCCGCCGAGCCCCGCCGCCUGCCCGCAGUGCCGGGCGCCCGUGGCCCCGGGCUCGCUGCGGCCCAACCGGGCGCUGCGGGCCGUGGCGGAGCUGGCGGGGGCGCUGGGGGCGGCGGCGCGGCGGCCGCGCUGCCCGCGGCACGGAGAGGCCCUGGCGCUGUUCUGCGACAGCUGCCGCUGCCCGCUCUGCCCGCUCUGCCGCCACGGGCCCGACCACCGCCCGCACCGCGCCCGGCCCGCCGAGGAGGCGGCGCCGCAGCUCCGGGAGACGCUGGAGAACAACCUGGUUUUUCUACAGAAAGAGAAACAAAGACUUAAGCCCAAAGGUGAAACGGAGAGUGAUGGCCUGUUGGGGAAGGUGAGCUCGGAGCGGCAGAGGCUGCAGGACACCUUUGUGCAGCUGCAGCAGUUCCUGCAGGAGCAGGAGGCCGUUCUGCUGGCACAGCUCGACCAGGCACACGAGGAGCUCACCAAGGAGCACCAAGACUACGUCCGCAGCAUCACGGAGAGACGGUCGCUGCUGGACACGCUGAUUGCCCAGAUAGAGAAGAAACGCGAGCAGCCAGUGGUCGAGUUCCUGAUGGAUGUUGGCAAAACCCUGAGCAGCUGUGAGGCAGCGAAGGCCCCGGUGCCGGAGCCGCCUUCCCCGGAGCUGCAGAGGACUGUUCAGAACCUCUCUGAGGUGACCCAGCUGGUCGUGGGUGCAGUGGACAAAUUCAAAGUGAACUUGCUGAGCGAGAUGGACAGAGAAAGGGUGAAGGUGACGCUGGACCCGGAGACAGCGAGCCCAGAUCUGAUGCUGUCCAAGGACCGCAGAACCCUGCGGCUGGGAGACGGGCAGCAAAACCUCCCCGACACCCCCAGGAGAUUCACAGGCAGCCCCAGCGUGCUGGGCUCGCAGGGCUUCACCUCAGGGAGGCAUUACUGGGAGCUGGAGGUAGGGGCUGGGGACAGCUGGGCCGUGGGGGUGGCCGUGGAGUCGGUGCAGAGGAAAAGCUCCCUCAGCACGGCCUUGGGGAAGAUCUGGGCCCUGAGGCUGGGCUGGGACCGUCAGUACACAGCUCUCCACACCUCCCCCAGCCCCCUGGCACUGAGGGAGGAGCCCCGGCAGAUCAGGGUCCACCUGGACUACGAAGCUGGACAAGUGACCUUCUACAAUGCAGAGAACAUGAUGCAGAUCUUGCAGUUCAAAGCCUCCUUCACUGAGAAGGUUUUCCCAUACUUUUGGCUCUGGUCACAAGAAAGCUAUAUCCAGCUGCGUGCCUGAUGGGGUCAGAUGCCUCCCUGUCCCCUGCCCUUGGCUAGCUGAGCAGGCAAGAGGUGUGGGAAUUGACACUGCAUCCCCUUGCAAACUCCCUGCAGUUGUGCCCAGGCUGGUUUCCCUCUGCCUGUUGCUGCUUCUCCUCCUGUGACAAGUCAUUUGGAGCAUUAAAAAUGUGUUGUCCAGCCUGA